GUGAGAGAAAAAAUACUAGAUUUGAUUGAUAAUAUGAAAGUCAAUGAUGGUAAAAAAAUGGUUAGUUGUCUUUCGUAAACACUUUUCUCAUUUUUGCAUAAUGUGAAACAGAGUGGGAUCAUAAACAGAGUCGUCUCUUGAGAACGUGGUCUCGUAAGGUAGGCUCUCAGUUUUGACAAGACAUAAUAAUAAUCAUCGAUCUCUCCACUAUAAAAUCAAAUCUAAUCUAAACGCCAAAGGGGAAAAAAAAAGAGAGGAAAAAAAAAUGGUGAAUGAGAAGAAGAUACUCCCAAAACGCAUCAUACUAAUGCGCCACGGUGAGUCAGCCGGUAACAUCGAUGCAGGGGCUUACGAGACAACACCCGAUCACAAGAUCCCUUUAACAGAAGAAGGACGAGCGCAGGCGCGUGAGGCCGGGAAGAAAAUGAGAGCCCUCAUAUCGACUCACAGCGGCAGCGCGUGUGGAGAGAAUUGGCGCGUGUACUUCUACGUGUCGCCGUACGAGAGAACGAGGACGACUUUGAGGGAAGUAGGGAAAGGGUUCUCGAGGAAGCGCGUGAUAGGAGUGAGGGAAGAGUGUAGGAUUAGAGAACAAGAUUUUGGGAAUUUUCAAGUGGAAGAGAGGAUGAGAGCUGUGAAGGAGACGAGGGAACGUUUCGGUAGAUUUUUCUAUCGUUUUCCCGAAGGUGAAUCUGCCGCCGACGUCUACGAUCGUGUUUCUAGUUUUCUGGAGUCUAUGUGGAGAGACGUGGACAUGAACAGGCAUCAAGUUGAUCCAUCAAGUGAACUAAAUCUAGUGAUUGUGUCCCACGGACUGACCUCUCGGGUGUUUCUAACGAAAUGGUUCAAGUGGACGGUGGAAGAGUUCGAGCGGUUGAACAAUUUUGGGAACUGCGAGUUCAGAGUGAUGGAGUUGGGUGCGAGCGGAGAUUACACUUUCGCGAUACACCAUACUGAAGAAGAGAUGUUGGAUUGGGGGAUGUCUAAAGAUAUGAUUGAUGAUCAAAAGGAACGUGUUGAUGGUUGCCGUGUAACAUCUAACGAUUCUUGUUCAUUGCAUCUCCAUGAAUAUUUUGAUUUGUUAGAUGUGACUGAUGAUGAUGAAGAAUAAUAAUUAUGUAUAUUGCCAAACAUUGUUUUCGCGUAUGGAAAUGUAAUAUUUUUCAUUU